CACUCAUCUGCCUGGUAUUCUCAAGUGGAAUAACAAUUGAACAACAACCCACCAUUGUGCCAAACAUGCCUCUCUGAUCUAGGUGGAGGCAUGCAUGCACUAAAAGUCGAUCAUACAGCAUCGGAACCAUGACCACGCCUGCGUCUAGGAAACGCAAAACUCUGCAUGAAUACUUUGACCGGACUGCUCAUACGUCUAACGAUCGGUCCCGAACAUCGAGUGUCCUGCAGCUGUCCAUUCCAGGUCUCACACUAAUACCUGAGUUUAUAUCCAGGGACGAAGAGACAGCCCUUCUUACAUUCCUUGAUGGACAAGAUUGGAGGACCGACCUCAACCGGAGAUGCCUUCACUACGGCGGUACCUACUGUCUGAUGCCGCCACGUGAUGCAUCUGCGGAAGAACGCAAACGCAUUGAAAGCACCAUUCUUAAGGCUGACAAUAUACCUGCCAAGGUUGAUCUCGUCGUUGAUGGGAUGAUGGAACGCGGUCUUUACGAUGGCAAGCAAAGACCCGCCUUCUGCAUCGUCAAUGAGUACAUGGGCACCCAAGGCAUAAGCGCUCACGUGGAGAACUUUCGCUUUGAUAGCCCUGUUUGCGGCUUAACAUUAAACAACGGAGAUUCAAUACGCUUCCAUGAAUUGGUUGACGCCAACGAUGCGAGCUCGUAUUAA